CUUUAUCCAAGGAAUCGAAAUUAAUUACAGAAUAUGGGUCAAUGUGAUAAGAUGGAAUCCAUAGUUUAUCAUAAAGGAAUAAUAUGGCCAACGGGGUCUCUUUUCUGUUGUUUAUCUUGGUUUGGGCAACUGGAGUUAUUGCAAACUGUCCUAGAGGUUAUACUCAACAUGGCAAUUCCUGUUACGUCAUAAACCGUGUCCAGGCAUCUUGGGCUCAAGCAAGUAUUUACUGUCAUGCAAUCCAAGCAGAACUUGUAUCUAUAGAAACCAAGGAUGAGGAUACUUUUCUCCACAACUUUCUACAGAAUCAUGGAUCCAACUUUGACCCUCCCCGGUUCUGGGUUGGGGGUAGUGACCUACUUCAGGAGGGGGAGUGGACUUGGACCAAGACAGGGAGUGUGAUUGGCUCUCAGGGCUUCUCUCACUGGGGCCCAGGGCAGCCGGACAAUGGGGUGGAGCACCUAGACGAGCACUGCCUGGAGCUGGAGGCGGGCCACCACUGGCUGUGGAAUGACGACGACUGUGAAGAGUUCAAACACUUCAUCUGUGAAAAAGAACUCUUUGAUACAACAAUCAUUGGAUAAACUUUCAAAUUCAUUGGUUAUUAGAUUGGAAAACAAUGAUUACCAUUAAAGAGGGUUUUUUCUUUUCGUCGAGAAUAAAGUAAAUCAAUUGUG